AGUUGAGUCAUUAAUAAUAAGAUCGAGGUUAUCGAAGACCUCGGUAAAAGAGUACGUGCAGGAUCGUGUUCUUUUUAGUGCCUUUUAUAUUCUGAGAAUGUUAGUGAUACAUAUGUUGUAUGCCACUUGUGUAUAGUUUUUAUGGAAAUAUAUAUACUUUAAAGUAUGUGGUAUUUAUACGUGCUCGCGGUAAUGAUUGUAAUUGAGAGGACAGGGAUUGUAUGCUCUUGAUUUUCACUUUUUCACGUAUGUACUUAAGUGCGUACAUACGGAUUUUAGCCAGCAAAUAUUUGAAGACUGAAUAGACAAUCAUUGAACAUAUAUUGUUGCAGAUAUAUUUUUAAGAUUUAUUAACUGGCAAGAGGAAAGAAGUAUUAUUUCCAAUGGAGAAGUGGCGAAGCAAAGGAAAAAGCAACGUAACGACAGAUAGUCUUUUACCACCAACACGUCGUUUUCCAAAUACAAGUGCAAUACAACCAGAUAAGAAAAAAGAGAGGAAAUGGUCCAUCGGUGGUUUUCUUAAGAGAAUAUCAGCGACUAGAGACAGUGAUAGUACAUCAAGUGGAGACAAUACUGGACAUCCUGAGAAGCAUACAACUUCAAGACACUCUCGAACAGCUUCUAAAGCAAAGGUUAAAAAUGCUCCUAAUGCUAAACUUGCAUAUGCUACCGAUAAACAUUCACCAUCACCUGGAAAUAAGAAAAGUGAUAAUCUUGAUAAAAAAGAACCAGUGGUUAUAAUUGAAGGAAACAAUGAUAUGGAGUCACAGGUCACACGUUCCCAGGAUUCUAUUCAUGCAUGUCGAGAUUCCAUGCAUUCACGUAGUAGUGAUGGAUCGUUAGACUGUGUAAGUAAAAAAUUACGUAAAGAGAAAAUAAAAGCGCGCGUAGAAGCGCGAAGGGAUCAACUAUGCGGCGAUAGCAGCUCAGAUGAAGGUUUAUCUAAAUCAAAUAAUUCGCUAGAAACUUUUCGUAGCGACGAGAGUAUUACGAACGUACAUAGAAAUGAUUCAUGUAACCGGAAGUCACGUGCUUCGAGAACUGAACGUUACAUAAAGCGUUUAUCAAGGGAGGAUUGUAGUAACGGAAAUAACAGUAAUUGCGUAAAAUCACUUGCAACGGAACUUGCACUGCCGCACGAGGAUGCAACUGUUUAUCAUGCAGCUAAUGAAAAAUGUCGACCACCAAUGCAUCCACGUGUUACAAGUGUUCAAACAAAGAGUCAAGCUGUCACUACUUUUCCAAGAAGAAGCACUGCCAGUGUCGAUCCGUUUGACAGCACAACAGCGUCCAAUUAUCAUCCACGUUCUUUUUGCAGUGAAACUUGUUUAACGGGCCAAUCACAAUCAAGUUAUGAUCCAUUCGCUAAAAGAACAUUGGAAUUCUGCACGGAUUUCAAUCAGAACAAUAAUUACGCCAAAGAGAAGAAGCCAUCGAAGAUGUUUCGCGACGAGCAUAGACGUCAAACUGAUUUAGGUGGCGUUGUUCCUGCUGUAAAAAAUUACGCUUCAAUUCAACCGGUCGGUUGUUGGCAAUCGUCACGACGUCAAUUAUCAACUCCACCAGAGCCUCCACCACGAGAUCCACAGCGUCGCGUAUUUUCAUUUGGUUCAUCAGACGUUUCCGCCAGACCAUCAUCCAGUUCAUUCGACAAUAACAACAGAUCGGAAGGUCUUGGUAAAAUCGGUAAUGAAAGCUUAUCCAUUAAUAAUAAAAAAUUGUCUCGAAAUGAUACAAAGAAUUCUCAUCAAUAUAAUUCUAACGAUGAAGUUACUUGGGUAGAAACGAAUAUUUCUGUGAGACCUAGACCAUCAUCGGUAAACUCAACGUUCAUCACUACGCCACCCUGGAAGUGCAAUAAAGCUGGUUAUCCAAUAAAUCGGUAUCAUUGUAGCGACGAGGAAAAUUCUCUAAAUUCAUCGUGUAAUUCCAAAAGUAGAAAACAAAAGGUUGAAAAUUGUAGUGAAUCAGAAACAUCCAGUGUGAGUCGAGGUUUGAUAAUACCAAAUUCAUCGCCUGGUCAAAUACAACCAAUAGAUCCCAACAUGGAUCGGCUUACUUUACAGAAGGAUGUCUCUCCAAUUAUGGAUAAAAAUGUUAAAAACACUGCUGGCGAUUUCGGGAAAUCUUCAUUAGACGUUACUGGAGAAUUAUCUCAGCAAUAUGCCAAUCGAAAGUCACAGUCGCCACCGAAUCCACCGAUACGUCGAUCUUCAUACGUGGGCUCACUAAACACUACGAACGUGACUAACACCGCUGACACUGAAAUGGCCGAUCGAAAGAGGAAUUCGAGAAACCUUGAGGAAGCCUUGUCGGAGCUAGAGGCGAUUUACAAUAGCUUGCGUUUAGGAGAUGAAGAUCUGCUUGAACGAGCUGAGCGACGUAGCAUGGAAGAAUUUGCACGUAAGGAUCCUAAACUUGGGGAAUCUUUGACAAAUUCGUCAAGUGGUGCAUCUGAUAAAUCGUCACUGGAUGGAAAAUCAACUGAAGAUCAUUCGUCGAAACCGGAAGUACCAGACAGAUUAAAGGAUGACAUGGCUUACAGGAGGAUGAAUCCAAAGGAACGUCCAGCAUCAUUAGACAGUCAAACAUCUUUAUCAAAAAUCAGUUAUUUAUUUGUGUCGCCAGUUCUAUCGCGCAAGGAACUCGAUUACAACGUGGAUGCCCGCAAGAUUCAAAGAGAGGAACCAGAUAUAACGCGAGAUGAUGUUGUAUUCCGGAGCAUAAAUCAUGCCAACAACAUGUUAAGAAUUGUUGAGCCUCAACCACCUUUUGGAAUACCAUUAGGCCCAGUCACCUCAGCUACUGACAGUGAUUAUUUACACAGUAUACCAAUCAAACCCGAGCAACCUCGAUCAUCGUACAUACCAAAAGUGGAGCCUGAUAUUGUUACUGAUGAUUUGGCUUUUCGAAAUCUUCGUAAGGAUUCCCACAAGGAUGCAACCACCUUUCAUGACAUUGGCGAGAAGAAUGAUCGUGAGCUAAUAAAUAAAGGCAGUCGAAUUGGUACAAAUUCAGCGUUUGGAAUGAAGAAAAAUCGUGCCGUCCGAUCCUUGUCUGCUAAUCUUUAUGGUUUAAUCAAUAAGCAAGUUAAUUCCUAUAAUGUUUAUGAUCAAACACGUAUACCAACGAAUUUUCAAGAUGCCCUGAACAAGGGUAAUACCAGUUUUAGGGGCAAAUACGAUUUCGCGUAUGACAGUGAUGCUUCACGUGGUCAGAACGUGAGGCACGUUAUGAGUGAUACCGAAUCAUCGGAGAUUGGCUCACGUUGGUUCAGAUCAAUUGAUAGUGACGUUGACGUUAAUGGAAAUCGAUCCAAAGGCAUUUUUAGACGUAAACUUCAAGUGCACGUUCCUCCGCCUAAGGAUACCAAUUCGUACGAUCAAGAUUCUGCGAAUAAAUUGCCUGAUUCUUCAUAUGGAGCACGAACAGCAUCCCCUACAUUCUUUUCAUCCAGUGACAAAUUGUUUAUUGGUAAGACUAGUAGUUUGCCAGCGAGCUCUGUUGUUUCUCCAAUCCGUGCAAAGCAGGUUGAGCCAUUUACUGAAUUGGAGAUAGCGAAAUAUAAGAAGCUGUGUGAAGAUUUAGAGAAUUUAGUGCAUCUGGCUAAAGGGGGAAAUGCGGUUUUAAAUACCACCGAAAAUUUUUCGAAUAAUUUUAUUACCAAAGAUGAUAAAUUGAAUGAUAGCAGGGCGAAUGAUAGGAUGAUGAGUAACGAGGCUAAAGAGAUAUCAGAAAAUUUGUCGAAUCUAGUCGAUUUGGCGAAUAAUGAAUUACUAACGGAGAAUGAAAAAAAAGAAAAAUCUAAUAAAUUUGUACAAGCAUGCAAGUCAACAAUGGAUGCAGUUUCGGAUAUAUCUAGUGUACAAAAAGUUCGAGAAAACAACAAAGAUUCUUCAACGUUAGAUACUUCCGUGCCAGAAAACGAUAAUGUAAUAAAUGGCAACAAAAAUACUGCCAAUAAUGUAUGUAUUGAAACAAAAACCGGUGAUACUUGUGAUAAAAAAAUGAAUCAAAGUGAAGAGAGCGAAUCGUCGGCAGCGAGAAAAGAUGAGUUUAUUGAUAAAAUAAAAGUGGAAAACAAUAACGAAAGUAAAUCACCGAGAACUGCUUUCGAUGAUGAAAAAGAAGUUAAAAUAUCUCAAUCAACUUCUGAUUCUCAAGGAUUAGCCAACGAUAAAGAGACUGUCGUAGAUUCUUCUGUGUUAAUUGUUCCUGAUAAUGAAGAGCCUGUCAAUAUUGUCACUGACAGUGAAGAGUGUGAUUUCUCAAGUGAAGAACAUCUCCUGUUCAAUUUUGAAAAGCUAAGCUACAGUUCAAAUCGAGAUGGAACCUCGACGUCCACUUCACUAGAAAUUGUUAAUCCUGAUGAUGACAUUGAGAAUGUUGAUGAUGAAGACGAUGAUGACGAUGACAAUCAAUAUGAUGAUGGCAGCCAUAACAAUGACAGCAAUUUCAAGUAUCACCAUGAGAAAGAGAUGCGAAGUGAUUCAACUCUUGACUCACAGGGUGGCUGCGAAGUAAUGGUAGCUGCUGGAGCAACAUCGCUGAUGGCAGCUAGAGAGGGGAACCCUACAAAUGGAACUGAAAGUCGUUUGGUGCAACGUGAAAACCAAAGUACAGCAUCUCGCUACCAUGAGGCACAGAACUGCCAGCAGAAUGCAGAAUGUAACACUAAGAAGACUGCUGUUACCUCUUCAUUGAAUAGCAAUGAGCAUAAGAACGGACCACCACAGUUAGAAAAGACCAAUAAUCGUCUUGCCUCAAGAAUAGAAAGUAGAGAGGGCUCGAAAAGUCCAUCAUCCAGUAAAACAACAGCAAUUCGCGAAACUAAAGCUUCGAGACUGCGUGCAGCCUCCAUCGUAUCGCCGAAUGGUAGCAGCGGAGCAACCUCAAUAUCCAGACGAUCUGGAGUCACAGAAUCGUCGUCACCUUGGCGACUUCAGUCAAACAUUACUCUACGUUCGAAACAAAAAAGUCCAAUGUCAUCGGACAGUAGCAGUACCCCAAAUACAAUUAGAGAACGUGACAAAAGCUACAAACGAAAAUCUUUUUUGAAUCGAUCAUUAAACGCCGAGGAAGUGCUGCCGGAUCGUUCUAUCAAUCAAUAUGACACCUCUGGCAGAAGAGGACGCAGAAUGACUACCAGCAAAAGAAAUCAAAAUACCGACACAUUGUCGUCUUCGGAUUCUACAACUUCUCGUCAGAGUCCGUCGAAUCCGGUGAAGAGAUCAAUGGAGUCGAAGGAGACGACGCCUCGUAGAACGACCAAUCAACAAGACACGGGUCGUCCUAACGAUGCAGGUCGUCCUAAGAAUCACGCAUCACCUUCUACUGCAGCUUCUAUUGCUUCCUCUUCUUCUGGCAUGAAAUCCUCCAGCACGCAGCGCACUAGUGGUGGUGGGCAUGAUGUCUCGGAAGUUUCACGAAGGGUCGAUGCAUUGACAGCACUUACAAGAGCUACGAUGGAGCGUGUCGAAAGGCUCACAGCAAACGCCAGUCCACCUGUUGUCAACGCAAGAUCGCGAACUGUCUUGCCAGAGGCACAUGCGACCUCUACGAGUAACGGAAGUCGUCACGCUUCAUCAUCGGAUCCUGCGACUACUGCACUUCGUCCGUCAUCCGGUUUGUCAACAAGGUCAUGCAGAUUGACACCGUGGAAUGGAGAGGGUUCAGUGAAUUCUGAAAAGGUGACGGGUGCUGCUGCAACAUCAGCUUCAACAACAGAAACUGGCUCGACGUCCACCGAGAUAACGACAAGAACGACGAUGCCAGUGGGAACUACAGCAGCUGCUACGAUGACAACGAUGUUAUUGGCCGGGUCGACGACAACUGUACCGACGUUGCGACAUCAAGUUCCGGUUUCUAUUCUCAAGCAUAAAACGGCCGAGAGCGACGCUGGCCAAUCCUCAUCAUGUUCCUCGCAUGUUACCCUACCUGUUACUUUCUCACCAUCCGUGGUGGAACCGUUGUCCAAAAGGCAUGGGAUUCUGAAGAAGCGCAGCAGUCUGGAUGAGAACGAAAUUCUCCGACGUCGCAGCUGUUCACCUGAUGUAUCCUUUGGUGAUAGUGGUUUCCUUGAGUUUAGGCCGAUUCUCAAGAACCAGAGAAGAUCAUCCUUGGAUGAGAUCAUCAGGAGAGCACAGAGUCCAGAUCCUCAUCCAACGUCGAUAUUGAAACGUAAAUCGUCGAGGGAAGAUGACGGAGAGGAUCGUCAGGUUGGUUCACCGGAACCCCAGGGUAUUCUUAAACGGAAGUCUGUCUCAAGCGGAAACGGAAUUGCAAAUACGUCUCAUCACGUGAGUAUUACAGCAGCUGUUAUAAAAGCUGCAGCCAGCGUAGCUGAAUUCGCCGACGGUUCCGAGGUGCGUCCCAUCCUGAAGAAAAAGCACAGUCGGGAAGAGUCUUCGUCGAGCGAUCCAUCCUCCUUGGAGCCACGGCCUAUCCUGAAGAAGAAGUCGAGCACAGAGUCAGAAGAGCACGAGGAUAAACCAAAGAAGACGAUUUUGAAGUGUUCUCGAAAAAGCUCACAAGAAGAUUCCCAUGUAGAACCUGCGACGGCCUCGCCGAAGAAGCUCUCCGUACUUCGAAAUCGCUUGCCCCAGUGCAGAACUGUGAUGGGUAUUCCUGACGGUGAAGUGGUUCGGCCCAUAUUGAAACAACAGUCGUUCUCAAUACGCGACGGUGCGUCGCGCGCUCGAUUAAAUUUCUACGAGAACUCCGCGACCGUCGACGAAGAACGCGACGACGACGAUGACUCCCACGUUCCUGCCUGGUUUCUUCGGAAGAGGGCGCAAUCGGUUGGCCACGUUCAAUCACCGGAGAAUUUUGAAGAAUUCUCAACGAUCGUUCACAACCGGAAAUCAUUAGGAUCGGCCUCUCUUGUUGACGUGCGUCAGGAGAGAUCCUUUCUCUCAAGACUUGCGAGUCUGGCAAGUUCCUCGGCUGGAAAUCGUAGUGCGAUUAUGCCCGGAACUUGUGAUUCCGAUACUUCCUUGGCCUCAUCUACGAUCUCCAUCGAGUUUCCCGACAGCACUGGAACAAAAGUCACGUUGAACAACGAGUCAAGUGCCAGAGUUAAAACGACAAGAUCAAGAAUUGAGCAGCCAUCGCAGAAGCACUUGGCAAAGGAUAUUGAUAUGUCUGAAAGAAGUGAUUCAACGCCAGAGCCAGAAGAUGUACUGGAACAAGACAGUGAGGAGGAAAGAAACAAAACCACAACAUGUAAAUCUGUUGAUUCGAACAAUGAACAAUCAAAGGGGAAUAACGAUGGGACAGUUAUCGAAUCUCCAAGUGCUCAGGGAAAGGACGACGAUGUGGAUGCUUCGAACGCGUUUGAUGCUCAAGAAAGAAAUAUAGUACAACGUAGUAAUAGCGUCUCGAAAAUGGCUUCGCAUUUCAAAGCCCUGGAGGAGCAGGUCAAAGCUGACGCUGAGAAAAGUGUGAAACGACGCGCAGUGCAAAAGGGUUCACGUGGUAUUCAACGUUACAGAGAACGAAAGCAACAAGGUAUCGACAGGUUCAAUACGCAACCGAUAACUUAUCAGGAGGUGCAAGAAGCAGUAUUACAGAACCAGCGGAACACUGCCACGAACAAUUCCACUAGUGAGACUCCUGGUCGCUCGGAGAAGGAGAACGACGCCGCGACGACCACAGACGAUGAAUUCGAUCCAUCUAAAUUGAGUCUUGCCGAUCGUGUACGACUGUUCAAUCAAAAAAUAGCGACGGAAAGUGUUCCGCUUGCGGGUGGACUCAUGCCACGCGAAACAUCUCAGAAAAGAAGACCGGCGAAUAGAUACAAAACACAGCCGAUCACUUCUGAAGAAGUGGAGGUGGCUUGUCGCAUAUCUCCUUUAAACGUGAAUUACUUUCAUGAAUCACCACUUGAUGCAUUUGGCACGCAUCACAGCUCUACGCGAUCGGCUGGCUCGCAGGGACUUUCGAAGUCUUCCAUGUCGCUGCAUCCUGAAUUGCCAAAGAGCAUCCUUAAAUCAUCAGGUCUACAGACGUCGGAAGUGUCACGACCUAGAACACCGGAGCUCGAGGGAUUUAGUCUACUGAAAUCUGUACUUAAAAAGGAAUCCGAGGAGCAGCAUCAGACUGUCGAGAAUUCGGAUCUUCAUCCAAGCUCGAUAUUGAAGAGUGAUUCUCUGUCAAAAUGCGAUGAAUGCUCUUCAGCGAGGGCUGGAAAUGUCAGUGUUGCUGAUAAAAUUUCAUUGAAGAGUAAUGCGACUUCUAAUUCAGAACUUUUCAAGGCUCCGUCUGGUGCAGAGCCUUUUUUAAAUGUAAAUCUUCAAGAAAAAGAUUUACUACUGUCGGACGAUACUGAAUCCGAGGACGUGCAAUAUGCUGGCACAGAAAAGAGUAGCAGUUUGUCCGGUUUUAAGAAUCCAGUCAUUCAGAGACAGUUGCAUGCGCUUGGGGCAACAGGCGAACACGUUGCGGACGUUACUGAUCUGAAUCUGUGCAAAAACUUAAGGUCUACAUCCAAAAGUGCCAAGCAUUUACAAUCGUCAACGGAAACUUUACAUACUUCUGACGAUGAGACUUCUUCUUCCGGUGGACGUGAAAUACGCAGUAUUAUACAAAACGAACUCGACUAUUGGAGACAUCAGGACGCUGUAGCUGGACAAACAAAGACGAGCCCAGUGUCAGCAUUAUCGAAAAGUGCUAGCCAUCAUAUGCUCAGCCGUGAAGUAACAAGAAAUACAAAGUUGAUGGACACGGCAACUAUGACAACAACAACAACAACAACAGAAAAGCGUUUGGGUAUUCCACUUCCUGGACUGUGUCGCAGUGCUACGCAACCGAUGCCAGUGUCGGAAUCUAACAACGUUCCAGGCACGAGUAUCGCCGAACGGUUGGCGGCACUUCAACGAAGUGGAACAACGAAUUGGAAGAAGCGUGUACCAUGCGAACCUGAUCCACUUCUUGUUUCAAAAUUAUGCGAUAACGAUUCCGUAACUGAUGGUGCUUCAAGCAAGGACGAUUCGGUUAUUAGACAAGGCGUGCUUGCCGAUCGACUUGGAAAAUUGGAAUCUGCCGCGGAAGGAUGGCGGAAGAGAGUGGCGAUGCCGGAUGCCGUGAAAUUUUCAGUUGCUGGUAAAAUGAAAGUCGAACAAUUUGAAGGUUCGAAUUCGGAGUUGUUAUCGCCACUCGUUGAAACUACCAGAAAUGGUUGUAACAGGAAGAAGGUACCACGGCCUGAAAGAUUUCGAAGUCGAAAAGGAAAUGUUAAGGAUGCUUCGUCUACGCCUAGCAGUCCGAGUAAGGAAGCAACAAUUACGUUCCAACGUAGUUUUUCGGAACCUGUAACGGACGAUAGUGGAGAAGACAGUGCAUCAUCAAAUAAGGUUGCUCCAACAGUUUCAAUUCCGCGAGCGGAUGACGAGACGUUUACUGCAUUUUUCAAGGGCGUUUCAUCGGAAAAAUGUGAAUCGGAAACUCUUGAGCUAAACUCUAGCGAUUUUGAUCUCGUGACGUCCUACUCGGAGUUGCUUGUUCAGAAACGUAUUGUUCGAACGCAACGACGCCGAUUGGCUUCGAAAAAUCCUCUGCGCGCUUUGGCAGCCCGUACAGAUCUCAAGACUGAAUACACAGAAAUCAAAACGGGAGUGGCAGAGAAAGUUAUGCGGAGUCUGAAUAUAGAAAAACUGGCGAAAAGUUCAUCAUUUGCUGUUGAAGCUUUGGCAGGUUUGGCGUCCACCGAAAAUUUCAGUGCUGUAACAUUGAAAACUCUCAGCGGAGACGCAAUUGGACAUGCGAAUAAAUUGUGUGCAUACAAAGAUUUGAUGUUAAUUUUAGUAAAGGGUCGUCGACAUGUUCAAGUUCGUUUAGUGGAACCCAUCGCUGCCAGUGUUAAUAGUGGUGACAAUUAUAUUCUUGUGACAAAAACAGAAAUUUACAAUUAUGUAGGGAAGUACAGUAAUGUUAUAGAGAGAGCUCGUGCUGUGGAAAUUGCACAGCGAAUUCAACAGACCAAGGAUUUAGGCUCGCAGGCUUCAGAAAUUAUAACAAUUAGCGAAGACAAACCAACUUGCAGUAGAAGUCAUGUCUUGAACUUUUGGAAUCAUCUUGGUGUUCAGGAUAAUGACGUAGAAGCCAUAGAAGCUGGUCAUCCGGAUGAGGAUGAAUUGUAUGAAUCUGCAGUGAUUGACACAAACAUGGUAUAUGAAAUUACUGGUGAGGAACUUGUGCCGUUUGAAAAAUAUUGGGGUUCGAUACCAAAGAUAGAGAUGCUUGAUCCAAGCAAGAUUCUGGUCUUUGAUUUUGGAAGUGAGAUGUACAUAUGGAACGGUAAAACAGCUUCAAUGGAUAAAAGAAAAGUGGCAACACGUUUAACUAAAGAGUUGUGGGAGGAAGGUUACGAUUAUGAAGAGUGUGCAAUCUGUCCAAUCAAUGCCGCAUUGACAAUCGGUAGACGUGCCAAAAUUGAGACUCUUGAUAAAAAGGGUUCGGAGAGACCAUCCUGGUGCUUAUUUGGGAAAUUAACCCAGCAUAUGGAGACAAUACUGUUUCGUGAAAAGUUCCUCGAUUGGCCAGACUUUUCUCGCGUGAUACGAACGAAGGAUAACAACGUCAAGGAGCAAGUAGAUGGAAGUAUUGUUGUUGAACCUUCGAACAUCGAUACGAUGAUCCAGCCUAAUACAACUUUAGUAGAUUUUGUACUUGAGGGAACUCACUUAGGUAGAGGAACUGGAUGGUACGAUGAGGAGUUGAUGAGACAUCACGAAAUCUCUACGACCAAUGUCACUGUUUGGCACGUCGAUGAAUUCUCAUAUACACUUUUAAGUGAUAGUUCAGUUGGCCAAUUUUUUUCCAGUGACAGCUACAUCGUUCGUUGGAUGUUCACCAUAACUAUUACUGGCAGAGAACUCAGUGGACAACCAUCGAAGCAUUCUGUAAUUGGUAGAGAUCGAUGUGUAUAUUUUAUUUGGCAAGGUAAAAAUGCAUCUUUGAACGAACAAGGGACCGCUGCUUUAUUGACUGUUGAAUUAGACCGUGAAGAAGGACGACAGGUUCGCGUAGUUCAAGGCUUUGAACCGGCUGUGUUCCUGAACCUGUUCUCUGGAAGAAUGGUUGUAAAUAAUGGAAAGCGUAUGGAGAAAAGGACAGAUUCCAAAUGGAGAAUGUACAUUUGUCGUGGUACUCUUGAGUCUGAAACGUCACUCGUCGAAGUACCAUGUAGCGCCCGACAAUUAAGAAGUCGCGGUUCCAUCUUGUUGCUUGGUGCAACUGAUGAAGAGUUGUACGUAUGGCACGGAUCUAAUACACUGCCACAUAUUAGACAGAAUGCUCUAAACGCAGCAAAUUUAUUGAAGAAAAAUCGUCCAGAAGAAGUAGGAUUGACAGCGGAUAGUAACAUAAAUAUUUGUGAAAUAAACGAAGGCGAGGAACCGAAAGAAUUUUUUACUGCAUUGGGUGGUAUGAAGAAAAAACUUUAUGUGUCACUUACAAACGCAGAAGUAAAGGAUCACACGCCAAGGCUCUUCCACUUUUCAAGCCUUCACGGUGUUUUUACACCAACCGAAUUGCUUUGCGCACAUAGGGCUGAACUUGCUACGCCUUUUCCUUUUCUCCAAGAAGAACUUUACCAAGUUAACCAACCAGCUCUUUUUUUACUGGACAACAGGGACGAACUUUGGGUGUGGCAGGGUUGGUGGCCUGACACCGGUGACAAAGAUCAAACUGGUAGUGGUGCUGUAAGAUGGCAGGCUGAGAGAAGAGCUCUAAUGAAUAUGGCAAUACAGUAUUGGAAAAUAACUCAUCCAGAAGCAACAGACUGUCCUGUGUAUUUGGUUUGGGCUGGCCUCGAACCACUUCAGUUUACAAAUUUAUUUCCUAUUUGGGUUUAUCAUGAUGACGUCGCUGAAAUUAAUAUAAGAGAUGGCCGUAAGCCGGGUGAGGUACUAAGCGUUGAAGCUGAACUUGCGCGCCUAACAAAAAGCACAUAUCCUCCUGCUCAAUUGCUGCAGCGACCGUUACCAGAAGGUGUUGAUCCAACAUGCCUUGAAUUGUAUUUAUCACCACAGCACUUCAAAGAGUUGCUAGGUAUGACAAAAGAAGUAUUUCAGAAACUGCCAAUUUGGAAGCAACUGAAAUUAAAGAAGAACAUAGGACUUUUCUAAUGAAUAACAUGUUUCGACAGAAUCAACAGAAACAGUUUUCGCAACACGUUAAUAAAAUCUGCAUUAACUGUAAAUGAUUCGUAAUUAUAUGUCGAAAUGUUUAACCUCUAGGUGUGUCAUUUGUGUGGAAACAUGCCUAAAGUUGGCAUCUGGCCGAAGAGUAUAAACUGUAAUGCGGUUUUGGUUACUUAUUGCGUAACCUCUAAAAUGUAAUUAUAUGCAGAGUGAAAGAGCGAGGAUAAUGAAGUUAUUUCUUAUUUAAGAGAACGCAUAAUCUGUUUAAUUUUUUUACCUCGACGUGUAUUGAAACGAAAUCAAUUUUAUCAUCUCAAAUUUCUGAUUGCUUUGACAUCGUAUAUUAUUUAACGACUUCUGUUGUAAGAUUGAACAAAUUGUUGUUUAGAGAAUUAAUUGACACGUACUUCCUUGAUUAUCAAUAAUUUUUAUUGUUUAUCCUCGCUGCCCCACUCAGUAUAUAAAUGUAUAAUUAUAUUUUUCAUACGCGCCAAACGUUACAUAGCUUGCGAAUAUCUCCUUUAUAUUUGUAUGGGCUUUAUAAUUAUCAUUAAUAAAAUGUCCCCACCCAGGACAUUUAUAUUAUCUAUUUGGAAUGACAAUAUUUAUGUGCAAUGUUCAGUCUGCUAAUUGCUCCGGCAUUAAUUGUUCCAGUGUGAAAAAUCCGAUUUCUCGCGAAAUAUAGAAUUGAUAAGAAAUUUCCACUUUCUAAUACCAGUGUAGAUAGUAUCGGAGUUAUGAAUAGAAUUAUUGCUACAAAAGUUGUUCUCCGUAAUAUACUUUAUUAUGUAUUUUUGCAAAAGCUCUGUGUCCAAAAUUUCUAAAUUUACGUUUUUCAUUUUUCCAUAUUGCGUCGCAAAACUCUUAUAAGUUGCUAGUAAAAUGAUUUUUCUUUCUGCACUGCCGUUGAAAAUAUCUUAAUAAUAAUUACAAGUGCGAUUGUAGAUACGAAUCGAAGGAUAUGAGGUACACAUUUUCAACUGCGAGACUAAAAACUUCCAUUGCGUUACAUUUUGGCGUGAUAUAUAUAUGGUCCAUUGUAUGUACAUACUAAUGUUUUCGAUAUAUAUUUCCAUGCUUUUCUAUAUUCGCCGUAAAAUAUAAUUGGCAAUUUUGCCGAACUGUUAAAAGGAA